AAAGAAAGUAUGAGAAGAGGUUCAAGUGUUCUGUUUUCUAGGUAGUGGUUAACAAUUUUCUGAUUAUUAUUUGGGUCUGGAUUGCGUUCUGUCUGUCUGUCUCGCUCGCUCUCCCUUUCUCUAUGGAAAAGAUACAUGUGUAAAUGCACGUGCUUUCACUUCUAACCCAGAUAAUGUGUGAUUGCCUGGUAGAUGGAUGGAGCCGUGGUCUUGGCCGCUGCAGAGGGCAGGCUGCAAAUUAAACACGCCACGCUCUGGAAGGUCCAGGUGCUCCGCUCGCGCCUCCUAAUGCAGCCCGCGCCGCGGCGGCUUUAAUAAACAGCUCUAUUUAGUGCCUCCUCCCGGAUCCGGGAGGGGACCUGGUCUGGGGCUGCUGUGAUGAAAUGCCAGAAGAAUCUCUCUCAGAGGCCUCAGGAGCUGAUUUUUAGAGCUUUCCCGUCCUGUCGUCUUUGUCUUCCAAAUGGGAUCCAAUGAUAGCUGGACAAGUCAGCAAGCCCUUGCUGUCAGUGCGGAGUGAAAUGAAUGCAGAGUUGGGAGGUGAGGACAAGGCUGCUACUUCAGACAGCGAGCUGAAUGAGCCCCUGCUUGCGCCGGUGGAAUCCAAUGACAGCGAGGACACUCCCAGCAAGCUCUUGGGGGCCAGAGGAAACCCUGCGCUGUCCGACCCCGGCACCCCCGAGCACCACCAGGCGGGCCAGACCCACUCCCCGUUCCCGAUUGGGCCUCAGCCACUUCUGACGGCCCAGCAGUUAGCCUCUGCUGUGGCCGGGGCAAUGCCAGGCGGCACGCCGGCCCUCAACCAGCCUAUCCUCAUCCCCUUCAGCAUGGCCGGUCAGCUAGGAGGGCAGCAAGGACUGGUCCUCACACUGCCUACUGCGAAUCUCACCAAUAUCCAAGGGCUGGUAGCAGCAGCUGCAGCUGGAGGCAUUAUGACUCUGCCAUUGCAAAAUCUACAAGCUACCUCAUCCCUGAACUCCCAGCUCCAGCAGCUCCAGCAGCUCCAGCAGCUCCAGCAGCAGCCGCCGCCCGCCCCGCCCGGCAGCCAGCACCCGCAGCCGGCCCCGCAGGCGGCCCCGCAGCCCCAGCAGCCGCCGCCGCAGCCCGCCCCGCCGGCGCCGCAGCCGCCGCCCGCCUCCCAGCCGCUGCCCGCGCCCCCGGCGCAGACCCCGCAGCCGCCGACCCCGAACCAGCCGUCUCCGACUCAGCAGAGCGCCAGCCCCCCGCAGAAAGCCAGCCAGUCUCCGGGACACGGCCUCCCGUCGCCGCUCACGCCACCCAAUCCGCUGCAGCUGGUUAAUAAUCCACUAGCAAGUCAGGCUGCAGCGGCUGCAGCAGCAGCAGCCAUGGGCUCCAUAGCAAGUUCACAGGGCUUUGGCAAUGCCCUCUCCAGUCUUCAGGGGGUCACGGGUCAACUAGUUACUAAUGCACAAGGACAGAUUAUCGGGACCAUUCCUCUGCUGCCGAGUCCGGGGCCGGCCGGCCAAGCGGCCAGCGGCGCGCAGGGCCUUCAGGUGCAGCCCAUCACCCCCCAGCUCCUGACCAACGCUCAGGGCCAGAUCAUCGCCACCGUCAUCGGGAACCAGAUCCUGCCCGUGAUCAACACCCAGGGCAUCACGCUGUCCCCCAUCAAGCCCGGCCAGCAGCUCCACCAACCCUCCCAGACGUCAGUGGGUCAAGCAGCCUCCCAAAGCAGCCUUCUGCACCUGGCUCACAGCCAAGCAUCCAUGUCUCAAAGCCCCGUCCGGCAGGCUUCCUCCUCCUCCUCCUCCUCCUCCUCCUCUUCAGCUUUGAGCGUGGGCCAGUUAGUCAGCAAUCCUCAAACGGCAGCGGGUGAGGUGGAUGGGGUUAAUCUGGAGGAGAUCCGAGAAUUUGCCAAAGCUUUUAAAAUCCGGCGCCUGUCCCUUGGCCUGACCCAGACUCAGGUGGGCCAGGCUCUCAGUGCCACCGAGGGCCCCGCGUACAGCCAGUCGGCCAUCUGCAGACACACCAUCCUGAGAAGCCACUUUUUCCUACCACAGGAAGCCCAAGAGAGCACUAUAGCUAGCAGUCUGACAGCCAAACUGAACCCUGGCCUUUUGUAUCCUGCCAGGUUUGAAAAGCUGGACAUCACCCCUAAAAGUGCCCAGAAGAUCAAGCCGGUGCUUGAGCGGUGGAUGGCUGAGGCUGAGGCCCGCCACCGAGCAGGUAUGCAGAACCUGACCGAGUUUAUCGGGAGCGAACCGUCCAAAAAGCGCAAGAGGCGCACCUCCUUCACGCCCCAGGCCCUUGAGAUCCUCAAUGCUCACUUUGAGAAGAACACACACCCCUCGGGGCAGGAAAUGACCGAAAUUGCCGAGAAGCUGAACUAUGACCGGGAAGUAGUUAGAGUUUGGUUCUGCAAUAAGAGGCAAGCCCUGAAGAACACAAUUAAACGCUUAAAACAGCACGAGCCGGCCACGGCAGUCCCUCUGGAGCCCUUAACAGACUCGCUGGAGGAAAAUUCCUAAAGAGAUGCCCACCUGGAAUCCGAAAAAAAAGAAAAAAAAAUCUGCAGAAACUAAACUCCACUCUUGGGACUUCAUCCCCUAACCCCUCAAAAAGAAAAAAAAAAAAAAUUACACUAAAAAUAAAUUUUAAAGUAGCCCCCAUCAUCACCCUUGAAAGUAAAAGACUAAGAAAUCUACAAGUGGACGGGGUGGAUUAUACGUGUCCAUUGGAUUUUCUCCAGAAAAGGAAAAAACAAUUUUUUUUGAAAAUUUUUAAACAAGGAAUACACGACAGUGCAGGUGUUGGGGGGAUAGUCCCCUCCCCCACCUGUCUCCCCAAAGCCAGUUUUUUAAUGGACUUAAAGCAAACCAAAUAACCACAUACUUUUUUCUGUAUAUUAUGAAAAAUAUGAACACAUUUUAAGGAAAAAGAAAAACAACUAAACCAAAAAAAAAAAAAAAAAAACUCACAAACAACAACAAAACCCACAAAAACUUUUCUCUGUUCAAAGCGAAUACAAGCCUGCCCCCUGGAGGAGGGACUGCGGACGGCACUCCUUCAGGGUCCCAGUGCUGAUUCACUAGAAACCUAUUAACCAAAGUCAGAAACGCCACCACCAGUCUCCUCUUUGCGUGUCAAGUUGUGUUCCGAGUUUUUACCCUUGUACUUUCCGGGAAAGCAGCAAGCCUGGCUUCUCCCAUCCUCCCCCUCCGCCGUCACCACCUGCCGGCUGGGUGCCGCUGCUCAAGCCAUUCUGGGAGGCUCCCUGUCGCUGGGGGGGGGGGGGUGGCGCGCGCGUCGUGGUUUCCCUUUGUGUGGGGAGGGCGUCCCGGAGCGUGUGCUUGCUUCUCACGUGUGACGUGUGGGUCUGAGAAAAGGGAACGGAGCUGGCAUUCCGCAUCCUCCUCUAUCGCGCCCGCGCCCCUGGGCACGGCCGCCAGGGUCUGCUGGGAGGCCGCAGCGCGGGACGGGGUCUUUUCCACUCAGACCCCAGGGAAAUGCAGGAGAGACUCCAACAUAACUAGGGCUUUGCUCGAUGGACGGUCGACACUGGCAUAAGCUGCAACUGUGCUCCCUGCCCACACCGGAGCGUGGGAUUCUUCUCCGUCUGCUGGCCACGGCCAUGGAGAGCUGACCAAAACUAAUUUUGUAAUAUAAACAUAAGCUGCACACUUGGUUCGAUGCUUACAUCUCUGUUAUGCUUCUGUGCAAAGCAAUUUCUCUCAGAAGUCUGAUAGCCAAAGAAAUGUCUCGCGAUUUCAGUCAAAUACACACACAGCAUGCACACAGCCACACACACAGACAAAGAAAACAGGCCAAAAAGCGGGGCUGGGCUGUGGGAGGCCGCCUCGCAGCCGUAAACCCUGUCUUCUCUGCUCCCACUUUCAUUCCAGGAGCCCCAGCAGACUUCUGGGGCGGGGGCUGAUUACUCUUGCGUUGUAUGAGUGGAGCCGAAAGUUCUCGCAGACGCAUUAAACAACUGGAAGUGCACCUGGGUUCUUGAGGGGACAGGAAGUUCUAACAAGAACGUGCCUCCACUGAAAGGAAAAGCACUGAAGUGGCUUAUCAGACACAGAGGAUAGCCUUCACUCUUAGAACUAGGGGAUUACUGCACUUUUCAAAGUACCUUACUCCAGAGACCCGUGGGCCAAAAUAACCUAAUAAGCCAGGAAGAAAGGCAAAGAUGCGAGGAUGGCUGUGCAGGUAAACACUCGGCACCUGCCCUGGUCUUCUGCGCCGAGAGGCAAAAGGCGUUGCGUUACAGGAACAGGCAAGAGAGGAUGGCAGUCUGCCUCCUGCUGAGAUGCAAAUACUCCGGAAUAAGUAAUUCAUAAUUAGUACUAUCUAGAAGUAAAUCGUGAGAGGAAACAAAACAAAACAAAACAACCUCGAGUUGCCCAAGUGAUCAGAAACGCCAUCGUUUUCCCCUAACACACUCCCUCCCAGUAGGGACCUGAGGUUCUUCUGCUGGCCCCUGUGCUGGUGGCGUCAGUGCAAUGGUGUGACUGUCCCCACCCUUCGUCCCCUCCCCAGAUGAUUCAUACAGGAAUCAGGAGACAGACCACCAGCAAGGAGAGUCUAAAGUGAAAUCCUGCAAGUCGAACCAGUUGCUUGCACAGGGGUUUCCAUUUGGCCAGCCUGAUGCCGACUGGACCACAGCCAACUUGACCUCCUGUGUCACCAACAUCCCGGUACCCGCUUGGCCAGCUCAAAACAGCACAAACACCACCAACCCAGAAAUCCGAUAAUGUACUGAUUACACAGAUUUUGUAUUCUCCUAGGACCUUCUCCAAAUUCCAUCAAGAAAAGCUCCCCAAGAAGAGAAGUUAACAAGAUAAAAUGUGAUGGAUGCUAAAUGUUUAAACACAUGCCAGCAGCAGUUACAUAAGGCCCGCUCAGUUCAGAGAUCUAUAAUUGGGAGAGUAUAACUAGAACAGUGAAAAUAUAAAACAAAAGUAAUCUUCCAGAGUGGAAUAAAAUCACACCUUCAUCCCACAGUCAUAAAACCAUUCACGUGCAGUGAUUUUUUUUAUAGUUUUAUAAUUUUGUAUUGUUUUAUAAAUUAUUUAUAAGGUGUUGUAAUGCUUCUUAUAUUAAUUUUUUACAGAUAAAUUUUUUGCUACAAGGCAUAAAAAGGUGCCUGAACAGAUUCUUAGGAAUAUAAAUUACACUGUGUAACUUGUAAGUCUUUGGGGCCACACCUACCGCCUCAUUUACAUUUCUUAUUUCCACUUGUAAACAACUUCAUAUGCCAGCAGCAUUUCAGUGUUUUUAUGUUUCCAUGAACUGAAGGUUAAGGUUGCCACUUACAAAAAAUAAAAGCCGUGUCAGGCAUAACAUGAUUGUAUUUCAAGCUUCGAUAUUUUUCUUACAUAUCUUUAAAUUAUUGUCGUCUUCAUCUUCUUCAUUGCUUGAUGAAAAAGAGAAAAUGACUGAUGUUAUAUUUUACACUUGUGGGUUCAUUUUCUUUUUCGAUCAAAAAAAAAAGCAUUGUGAACAGUUAAGAGUUUUCAUUGCAUUGCAAGGUUUUUGGUUUCUUUAUUUUGUAAAUCACACGAUACACAUCCACACACACACACACUCACUCACUCAUGCACACACUCCACAAAAGAGAGAACAUAAAAACAAAAGGAGCUAGGGAAAAAAAAAAAACAAAAACAAGUAGAGGCGUAUCAAAGAACUCAAGCUAUAACCAAAAAGAAAUUGUAAAAUGCCUUUGCUCAUCUUCUCUACGCUGGACCAAAGCUCAGUAUUUGUAGGUAUAUGCACAUUGUAUAGCUAUGGCUAAAUGUUGCUGACAAUCUUGCAAUACUAAACUGUUACUAUUUUAAGAAAAAAAAAAAAGAAAUACAAACUGUUCAUCAAUGUUUUACCUCAGCACUCUACUUGUACCCAGUUAAUGACCAAGCUUAAAAAAAAAUGGAGAAAAAGGAAAUUGAGUUUCAUUUCAAUGUUUGACUGUAAAAUGUUUGGAUAAGAUUUUGUAAUGAGCUUUUUGUCACGUGAUUUGCUUGUCUUCAACUUGAAAUUAUGUGAGGCACAUUUGUUUCUUUGUUGUUAAGGAAGUGAUUUUGUUUUUUUGUUUGGUUUUUUUUGUCCUACGUGCUGUGAUUCAGACUGGCCACCGGGUCACUGAGGAGGCACCACAAAGACAAGCUGCUUCUCUGUGCCCUGAGCAGCAGCAGGAAGGAGGGCGGGGAAACAGACUGGGUUGUUUUGAAAAAAGCAUCAUGACAACGGGUUGACAUGAUGGACUUGUGACCAAGAAGCCAAACUGGAUAUUUAAAAGCUCCUUACUUGCUCUGACAUUGAAACCAAAGCUGAUUUAUCUGCACAGGUUGCUUAACGUUUUGAAAAAAAAAAAAAACUGACAAAACUGUACUUAAUCUAGAGCAAUAUCUGUACGGUCAGUAAAGCUGCACUUUGUGUAUUUCUUAACAGCUUCAGAUCUGUCACUUUUAAUUUGUACCAUGAAAAAUAAACAACUGUUUGACAUGA